GCCCCGGCCCCAGCCGGCGCGGUCGGGAGGACGGGCGGGCGGCGCUGGCUGCAGGGGGGGCAUGGCCGACAAGCGGCGGGCCUCGCCCGGCACCACCAUGAGCCUGAAGGCUCACGCCUUCUCGGUGGAGGCGCUCAUCGGGGCCGAGAAGCAGCAGCCGCCCGCGCCGCCCCCACGGCAGCCCAAGCGGCGGAAGGUGGGCGGCGAGGACGAGGCGGCGGACGACGAAGGGGGCAGCGGCUGCUGCGCCGGGAGCCCGGCGGCCACCAGCGGCAGGAACGGCGGCGACAUGGAGCCGGGCUGCGCCCGCGGGCCCGCCGGCGCCGAGGAGGGUUUCGCGGCGGCGUCCCCGCCCGCCUCGCCCGGUGGCGGCUCCCCGAAGGGCUCCGGGCCCGCCUCGCCUCUGCCCGCGCCCCAGGCGCCGCGCGUUGAACUGCAGGGCGCCGAGCUCUGGAAGCGCUUCCACGAGAUCGGCACCGAGAUGAUCAUCACCAAGGCGGGCAGGCGGAUGUUUCCCGCAAUGAGAGUGAAGAUCUCAGGGUUAGACCCCCAUCAGCAGUAUUACAUCGCCAUGGAUAUUGUGCCAGUGGAUAACAAAAGAUACAGGUACGUUUAUCAUAGCUCCAAGUGGAUGGUGGCCGGCAACGCUGACUCCCCAGUUCCACCCCGUGUUUAUAUUCACCCCGAUUCACCUGCGUCCGGGGAGACGUGGAUGAGACAAGUGAUCAGCUUUGACAAACUAAAGCUCACCAAUAAUGAACUUGACGAUCAAGGGCAUAUUAUCCUUCACUCUAUGCACAAAUACCAGCCUCGUGUCCACGUCAUCCGAAAAGACUGUGGAGAUGAUCUGUCCCCGAUCAAGCCUAUCCCUUCGGGAGAAGGAGUCAAAGCGUUCUCCUUUCCAGAGACUGUUUUCACCACUGUCACAGCAUACCAAAAUCAACAGAUAACUCGUCUGAAGAUUGACAGGAAUCCAUUUGCCAAAGGGUUUAGAGAUUCAGGACGUAACAGAAUGGGACUGGAAGCUUUGGUGGAGUCUUACGCCUUCUGGAGACCUUCACUUAGGACGCUUACAUUUGAAGAUAUACCUGGGAUACCUAAACAAGGAAAUGCAGGUUCUUCUACCUUACUCCAGGGAUCUGGCAGUGGAGUGCCUUCUACCCACCCUCACCUUUUGCCGGGUUCCCCUUGCUCAUCUCCAGCCUUCCAUCUCAGUCCCAACACUAGCCAGCUCUGUAGCCUUGCUCCUGCUGACUACACAGCUUGUGCCCGCUCAGGUUUGACCCUGAACAGAUACAGCACUUCUUUGGCUGAAACCUACAACAGGCUCACAAACCAAACCAGUGAGACAUUUGCACCCCCAAGGACUCCCUCUUAUGUUGGUGUGUCGAGUAGCACAACUGUGAAUAUGUCAAUGAGCGGCAAUGACGGGGAUGCAUUCAGCUGCCCGCAAACUGGCUUAUCUAUGCAGAUUUCGGGGAUGUCUCCACAGCUCCAGUACAUCAUGCCAUCCCCUUCCAGCAAUGCCUUUACCACUAAUCAAACCCACCAAGGCUCCUACAACACAUUUAGACUGCACAGUCCCUGUGCGCUGUACGGAUAUAACUUUUCGACAUCCCCUAAACUGGCUGCCAGUCCUGAGAAAAUUGUUUCUUCCCAAGGAAGUUUCUUAGGGUCCUCGCCGAGUGGAACCAUGACGGAUCGGCAGAUGUUGCCCCCUGUGGAAGGAGUGCACUUACUUAGCAGUGGGGGGCAGCAGAAUUUCUUUGACUCUAGGACCCUAGGAAGCUUGACACUCUCAUCUUCUCAAGUGUCUGCACAUAUGGUUUGAUGAAGCCUUUAAGUAAAAGUACAGUAUGUUUGGUGUCUACAAUGUAUUUCUUUCGGAAUAUGAAGGGACAAUCAAUGUAGCUUGUAAAGUGUGUGUAUAUAUAAUAUGAGAGGAAGUUUCACUGAAUUUUUGACUUGUUUGCAGCCAGAUUAUUCUCCUUUUUUGAGCUACACGGAGUUUUCUGUGGUGCAGACUGCUUUAGUUUUCUGGUAUAAUACACUUAGUUGUGUAACACGUUGGGACAUAUGCAACAAAUUAAGUAAGACUUCCUCCCCUUUCCCCCUCCUCUGUUCUAAGCCCUUUAAAGAAUGAAAUGACACUUAGAGUAUUAAACGACACAAACAAGCCCACUUACAUUGCCUGUAGUACUAGUGAGAUUCUUUAAAACGUUCAUGCAGUGUUAAGCUGAUGCACCAAAGGCAUUUUACAAUCUUCUUCUCUGUUAUAAGGGAUAUGAAGGGUAUUUGGACUUUCAAGUGUUAAGUAUCAAGCAUCCAGCCUAAAAUAGAAGUUUAGCUAAUGGAUUAUUUACAAAGUAAACAGAAAGAUUAGUUUGCCUUCUCAUGAUACACUGUUUUUAGCUUAUCAACGGCACAGCAUUCUUACUAGGAUUUUUUUUUUCUGCAUUAGUCUAGAUUUAUGAUUAGGAAUUUGAAGACAAAUAGUGCAUAUUCAAAUUGUGGUGAUGUGAGUGAUUUAAGCGAACAGUCGAAGAAAUGGCAUUCCUUGGUACAGAAUGAACUUCGGGGUGCUUCAUUUUUGUCAAAGGAAGGGCUUGACGCAUCUUUUUUCCAUCAUAAAUAUUGCCUAUAAGACAUUUACUGAACAGUAGGAUAUUCUAAUGUAUCUUUGUUUUUAUAUUUAUACUUUUUUAAAGCAAAUGCAGGUUUGAUUUAGAAAAAGUGCACAGGACAAGAAAUUCUGUUACUGAUUUUAUCCUUUUUUGUGUGUUGUAAUUCCC